AUGCUGCGCUCACUCGCAAGAACCGCCUUGGCCGCCAGGGCCCAUAUCGCUGCUUCACCUGUUGCAACCCCCGCUGCAAAGAUCUUCUACUCGACUGCCCUCCGAUCAACUGCCAUCCCCGUCGGCCGCAAGACUGGUCACAUCGCCUACAACUCGAUCCGCUCCUUUGCUACCGAAUCCUCGACCUCUGUCGAUAAUGAUCAGGAAGAAAAGAUCAUCGGUGAGACCAAGAAGAAGACCUUCCAGGCCGAGACCCGCAAGUUGCUCGACAUUGUCACCCACUCGCUCUACUCUGAGAAGGAGGUCUUUGUCCGUGAGUUGAUUUCGAACGCCUCAGAUGCCUUGGAGAAGCUUCGUCACUCUCAAUUGACCGACGCCAGCCUUGACAGCGGAAAGCCCUUGGAGAUCCACAUCUCUGUGGACGAGGCCAAGAACACCUUCACCAUUCAGGAUUUCGGUAUUGGAAUGACAGAGGAGGAGGCCAUCUCCAACUUGGGAACCAUUGCCAGAUCAGGAUCCAAGGCCUUCCUGGAGAACUUGGAGGGUGAGAGCGGCGCUGCUUCGACCAAGGACAAGAUCAUUGGACAGUUCGGUGUCGGAUUCUACUCUGCCUUCAUGGUUGGAUCCGAUAUCAAGGUUUACACUCGCUCAGCUACACCUGGCUCCAAGGGCUACUGCUGGACAUCGGAUGGAUCAGGAUCGUACGAGAUUGCCGAGGCUGAGAACGUUGCUAUUGGAACCAAGAUUGUGAUCAAGCUCAGGGACGAGUGCAAGGAGUACGCCACGGAGGCUGUUGUUGAGGCCAUCAUCAAGAAGUACUCUAACUUUGUCGACUACCCCGUUCACCUCAACAGCAAGAAGAUCAACGCCGUUCAGCCUCUCUGGACCAAGGACAAGAACGAGAUCACUGAGCAGGAGCACAUUGAGUUUUACCGUUACGUCGCUGGUGCCUGGGACAACCCCCAGUUCAAGCUCGUCUACAAGACCGACUCACCCCUCGCCAUCAGCAGUUUGCUCUACAUCCCCCAGCGCCACAUGGAGGUCUUGGGUAUGCAGAGAGAGGAGCCAGGUGUCAGUCUUUACUCUCGCAAGGUCAUGAUCCAGGCCAAGUCCAAGGCUCUUCUGCCCGAGUGGCUCCGUUUCGUCAAGGGUGUUGUUGACUGCGAGGAUCUCCCCCUCAACGUCUCGCGUGAGUUGCUCCAGGAUCAGUCCUUGUCCAAGUUGCGUCAGGUUUUGACGGGACGUAUCAUCAAAUGGAUGGAGAAUGAGGCAAAGGUCGACCCCAAGGUAUACAACCACUUUUUCGAGGAGUUUGGCACCUUUAUCAAGGAGGGCGUCUGCACUGAGAACGAUGCGACUCGCCCCAACGUCGCGAAGUUGCUUCGCUAUGAGAGCAGUGCCGGAGCCCAGGGCGAUGUCAUCAGUUUCAAGGAGUACGUCGACAGAAUGAAGGCUGGACAGGAGAACAUUUACUAUACCUGCGUGCCCAAGCGCAAGUUUGCCGAGGAGAGCCCUUACUUUGAAGAGUUCAAGGAGAAGGGUAUUGAGGUCUUGUUCUUGUACGAUACUGUCGACGAGUUUGUUGUCAAUAAUUUGCGCCAGGUCGGCCAGCACAAAUUGGUCUCAAUCGAUGCUGCGGAUAUCAAGGAUCCCGUCCUCGAGGGCUCUUCGUCCAAGGAUGGCGCCAAGGAUGGUGACAAGAAGGAGGAGGACCCUGUUGCCAAGGAGGAGGCCAAGUUGGAGGGCGAGAGGGUUGCCGAGUGGUUCCGCGAUACCUUGGGUAUGCAGGUCCGCAAGGUCGAUGUCUCGAAGCGUCAUAUGAGCCACCCAGCCGUUGUGACUGAGCACGACUCGCCCGCUGUCCGCAAGAUGAUGGCCAUGAUGUCUGGUGCUGCCAAGGUUGGCGAGGACAACUUGCCUCCUACCCCUACCAACCUCGAGAUCAACAUUCACCACCCCAUUAUUAAGAAGCUCUGGUCUGUCAAGAACCAGGAUCCCGCCUUUGCCAAACAAGUUGCCGAGCAGAUUUACGACAAUGCAUUGAUUGCAGCUGGUGUUUUGGACGAUCCCCGUUCAAUGCUCAAGCGUUUGAACACCAUCAUGGAGGCUUCCUUGUCUGCGUCCGCAUCCUCAAAGUCCAAGGAUACCGUCAUGCAGCCCAAGAAGAUUGAGGUCGUCGAGGGCGAGAAGGUGUAA